UACAUAAAAUAGAAAAAAGGAACGAUUUUUUUGUUUCUCAAUCAUAUCACAAAUUCCGAAGCAGAAGCAGCAGGGAUUCUCCUACUCCCCCUGCCGCCUCUUAUCGCCACCGCCACCGACAUAUACAUUCCCGCAUACAUACUCACUGUUGCUGUGGCGAAAGGGGUUGACUUAACUCAAGAUGGGGGCCAUAAAGUCUGCCGUUGCUGAUGGGGUGCUCACGUUUAUGUGGGUUUUCUGUGCUUCAACCUUUGGGGUUCUGACUUCCGUCAUAGCGACUGCGCUUGGGGUGCAAGGCGUGGCUUACGCCUCCCUUUUUAUCACUACUUUUAUUGUGUUCGUCUUUGUCUUCGUUUUUACCUUGAUCGGGGAUGCGUUUGGUGGGGCCACUUUCAACCCAACUGGCACUGCCUCGUUUUACGCCGCCGGUGUCAGCGGAGACAGCCUCUUUUCCAUGGCUCUCCGCUUCCCAGCACAGGCAGCAGGGGCUGUUGGUGGUGCUCUGGCCAUCAUGGAGGUGAUGCCAAAGCAGUACAAGCAUAUGCUUGGGGGACCUUCUUUGAAGGUUGACGUGCAUACCGCAGCCGUUGCUGAAGGGGUGUUGACUUUUCUGAUUACCUUUGCCGUCCUUGUAAUUAUCCUUAGGGGUCCUCGGAGCUUGCUAUUGAAGACAUGGUUACUUGCUAUGGCAACUGUAGCAUUGGUGGUUGCAGGUUCAGGUUACACUGGGCCUUCUAUGAAUCCUGCGAAUGCCUUCGGGUGGGCGUAUGUUAGCGGCUGGCACAACACUUGGGAGCAAUUUUAUGUUUACUGGAUAUGUCCUUUCGUUGGAGCAAUAUUGGCUGCCUGGAUCUUCCGCGUAAUUUUUCCACCACCCGUGAUCAAAGCCAAGAAGAAAGCAAAGAAUGCCUAAAACUGGCAUCCUCCACCCAAGUAGAUAAACUUAACCAUCUCAUGUAAUAAGAAUUAGAAUCUCUCUAUGUUCACUACCUGAACAGUUAUGAUAAUGUCCAGUGAAGUCUCGCUUUAAUUGUAACUACUGAAUAUGUUUCUGUGUGUGCGCA